AUGCCACCGGCCGAAAUCCCAGAACCUAUUGAGAGAUCGAAACACGAUGUCGGUUGGCGAAAGGUCGUCCGGAACUUUACGCCAUCCUGGUUCUCUGUUAAUAUGGGAACAGGAAUCGUGUCGAUCCUCCUCAACACUCUGCCGUACAAUGGUCAGUGGCUUUACUACAUCUCCAUCAUCGUUUUUAUCUUGAAUGUGGCAUAUUUCAUUGUCUUUCUGGCCAUUACUCUCCUCCGCUACAUCUUGUAUCCGGAGAUUUUCGAGGUGAUGGUCACUCAUCCAGUCCAAUCACUCUUCCUCGGUACGUUCCCAAUGGGGCUUGCCACCAUCAUUAAUAUGUUUUGCUUUGUCUGUGUACCGCCAUGGGGUGAUGGCGCAGCCUAUUUUAUAUGCGGCGUGUGGGUUUUCGACGCGGUGGUAUCGGUCGUGGUUGCUAUCGGAAUCCCGUUUCUCCUAACAGCGAGGAACAAUGGGCUCGAUCUGUCCUCCAUGACUGCUGCUUGGCUUCUGCCAAUUGUCUCGUGUGUGGUUGCGGCGGCGUCCGGCUCCAUCGUUGCAGAUAUCCUGCCCGACGCACAAUUCGCCCUUGGGAUCAUCCUGGCCAGCUAUAUCCUUUGGGGAAUCGGCGUUCCCCUCGCGAUGAUGGUCAUCUGUAUAUAUUUGCAGCGACUGAUGUUUCACAAGCUUCCACCAAAAGGAAUGCUAGUAAGCGUGUUUCUUCCCCUUGGUCCCCUGGGACAGGGCAGUUAUGGUAUCCAAAGGCUGGGGAGAAGUGCGCAAACAAUCUUUCCAAAGACGGGUACCCUGAGUGCCUCCACUGGCGAAAUCUUCUAUAGCGUCGGGUUUUUGAUCGGAAUAUUACUCUGGGCGUUUGGCGUCGUUUGGCUCUCCUUUGCAGUCGCAACCCUGGUCAAGACGAGGAAAUUCCCUUUCAACAUGGGAUGGUGGGCCUUGACCUUCCCGCUGGGAGUUUUUACCACUUCGACCUGUAGCAUCGGCCAGGAGCUGCCGUCGCGCUUUUUUUCCGUUUUGGGGACGGUAUUGUCCGUCGCGGUUGUGAUUCUGUGGCUGCUGGUUAGUUACUACACUUCCCGCGGCAUCAUUCGAGGUGAUGUUUUCGUUGCACCUUGUCUUGAGAAUCUCCGAAGAGGUAAAGCAUAA